AGAUAAGGAGGAUGAAGUACGUCUUCUUAAUAGUUCUUUUGAAAAAUUGCAUGUGCAGGUGCAAGAAUAAAGAGGGCUACCUAUAUGAGCAUGAAGUUUAGCCGCUUCAAGAAGAGAAAAUUAAAAUCCAAUUGUUGUUCUAAAACAACAAUUGCUACCAGCGAAAACUUCCAAUACCAGACCACAUACCUGCCGCUCAAGUCCGAGGGGCAACACCGGGAGCAGGGGUCGGCGUUCAAGAAGGAGUGGAACCCGGUGACGGGGGAUCUCUUGCUCGUCGAGAUAGAGAUCUUCUGGUUCCCGAAUUGCACCGUGGAUGCAGACGAUGGCAACCCCCACCAUCAGGGCAGAUCUUCUGGUUCCCGAUCGAAAGCCGAGGGUUUCCCUGUCGCCACUCAUUUGCCAUGUAGAGAUAUCCUAAUCAAACAAUUCCAAUUUUUGGAUAAUGAAGUGGGCUCACUUGCUAUUGGGCUUUAAAAAAUUCAUAUUAAUAACUAAUAAACUUAUAUAUCAGUUUACCCAAACAAAACACAUACGGAGUAUAUCGGUUAUUUGGUUAAUCGAAUAAACCGAUAACCAAAACCGACACAAAACUGAAGUACCCGAAAUAACCGAAUUUUUUAUCAUGGGAAACCGAAACCGAAACCAAAACCGAGUAUUUAGUUUAAUAUAACUUCUAGAUUGUGAUUUGAGUAUUUAGCUCACCUAUAUAUUAUUUUUUCUAUAUAUAAGUUCAUAUUAUUUCUACUUUGCCAUGUUCCAUAUUGUAUUUUGUAAGAGACUCGCUAAAGGGAGGAUUCAAGAUACUAUACACCUAGAGAAGAAAAUGGGAAGGGAGAGACUGGAGAAGAUAAAGAACAUGUAUAGAGGACAAAGUAAGAAAACUUUGGGGAGGACGGAUGGCAGCACCAAAUUAGGAUUUUGACGCUUAAAUUCAGCAAACUACAGACAUCAGAGUGCAAGGAUUCAGGGACAAUCGUAACACCCUUUUGUUUUUUCUAUUCAAAUUCUUUAUAUAUAAAUUUGAUUGAAAAAGAAAAUGGAUAGUACAGUAAAUUUUAUGCAGUUGG